CAGGAGUGACGCAUUCUACACGCGACUCUUUAAAUGUGCGACAGAUUGUAGACAUGAUGCUAAGAGUGUUGCAGGUUGAAUGUGUCAAAAAAAUAAAUAAAUAAAUUUACGCGUCGUGUCUUAAAUACGCCAAUCCUCUAGGAGGUAGAUAUGACAGACCUUCAGUAGACAACAGCUGAUUCUGCUCCUUGUUUUGAAUGAGGCAAACGAGGCAGUGACGUCUCUCGCAGAUGCACCGGACACAGAGCCACCGGAGCAAGGCAAAAAACCUCAGGAGGAGGAAGGGAUUCAUGUCUUCUAUCAACAGAGUUUCUCAUCUCUCCAGGAGGGCCAAGAGACGUUUGUACUGUAAAUUACAGCUUUGGAUGUGGAGGAAGAGACAAGAGAGAGGCUGUUUUAGGAUAUUCAGAGCCAGGAAACGAGCUUGUGUCCCUUGGCUCAGUUCAAAGACACAACCACAGAAAAAUAAAAGGACAGUUCCAGUGUACCACACACUAACCCUAGAAAGUUCGCAAACCACAACAUCGGUCGUUGAGCCACUACUUGGGUGUGAUACUGAAGCUUCAGAUGACAUGUUUAGAAGGCAGAAUUGCCUGGUGAAGCCAUGUGAAUCUGUUGGUUUGUCAGAAACGUUCAGUGCUUCAAGGUCCUUGCAGAACCAGGUUAUGGACACAAAUGCUGCUGCAAGAGACAUCAGAGAAACCACGGCAGCAGCAACGGUGCCUUCUCAAAGGACAGAUACCUUUGUACAGUUUUGUGAAAUUGUAGAUCCUGCACAAUGUUCUCACACUGUCAAGCCCCUGCUGAGUGCUGACAGCGAUGCAUGUGGGGGGACUGCACAUUUUAAUGUGCCAAGGACAGUGACACUGCCUCAAAGGCUUGAAGUUGACAAGCGAUCAGGACAACACGCUACUGUCUCUCCAGGUCAGGACCAGACUGCAGACAGUGAUACUGAUGACAGAAUGACCAGUAAGACAUCUGAUGUCAGUCUUAGAGCACUGACUAAAGACAUCCAAGAAUUCCUUGAUGACUUCUACAGAAUAUAUGGAAGUUUCAUCCCGCUACAAAAGAGCGACGUGUGGAAACACCUGAAGAGGAAGUGUAACACUGAUUUCAGUGAGAGGAAGAAUGUGAUCUUCACAGAGGUUGCCAAAUACUGUGCUGCUAUUCUUCAGAAACCCGUUCCCUCCUUCGGGGUGGUCUACAAGAAACACACAUUGACACUGGAAGAUUUGUCGACACUGGCAGAUCAGAACUGGCUCAAUGACCAGGUCAUGAACAUGUAUGGAGAAUUGAUUAUGGAAUCUGCCCAUCACAAGGUCCAUUUUCUCAACAGCUUCUUCCACCGGCAGCUCAUGACCAAAGGAUACGAUGGUGUUAAGAGGUGGACAAAGCAGGUGGAUUUGUUUUCUAAGAGUUUGCUUUUGGUGCCCGUCCACCUGGAGGUUCACUGGUGUCUGGUGACGGCUGACUUUGUCAGAAAGGCAAUCUGCCUGUAUGACUCUCAAGGGAAUGCACUGCAGAAAGUUGCAAGGAACAUCUUGAAAUACUUGAUGACGGAAGCAAGGGAGAAGCAGCAAACAGCUUUUGAAAAUGGUUGGACGGCGUCAUUCAAUGAGAAAAUCCCCCAACAGACGAAUGAAAAUGACUGUGGAGUGUUUGUCUUGGAGUACUCUAGAUGCCUUGCUCUAGCAAAACCACUACAGUUUUCACAGAGGGACAUACCAAAGAUACGUAAGAGGAUCUACAAAGAGCUCUGUGACUGUAAGCUCCAUGAAGAGGGCUGACAAGUAUCCCACAAGUGUAUGUAGGUGUUUGUUGCGGCUUCUGAUUUGAGUAUGAAAUCGGGAAGUCCACCCUGUGUGCGAGAUCACUGUCAGCUCUAUAGCAGCCUUGGAGCACUGUGAGUGCAAAUGGCUGGCCCCAGCAGAAGAGUGUCAGAUGCACUGUUUAGACAAAAUCACUGCAUUUACAUGAUCAGUAUUUAAUCAGGCAUGUUAUUUAAGGAAAAAACAUCCUAUUGUUCUUGCAUUUACACAGCUACAGCGGACCAACUGAGUCUUACUGGCUAUUGAAAUGGAUCUAACGGUCCAUGCCUGUGUUUAAGUGUUAUUUACUCCUGAAAUAUCUGUGAGCCUUAUUUGCAUAUUUUUUAAGUCUCAUUUUUCAUUAUUAGCAUCAGGGGCCUGUACCAUGAAGUGAGUUAAAGUUCUCUGGUUUUAUUGGGUCUAACUUUACUCAGAUCAGUGGCACCAUGAAGCAUUUUUUUCCCCCAUAAUAAAAGAUAACAGGAUUUUAGUUUUUAUUUCCAAGUGUCUCAGAACAUAUUAUUCUGAACUGCAGGUGGAACAGGAGUGUAAAAGAAUUGACAGUCAUAAAUCAAUUAAAAUGCAGCUAUAGUAAUAUUAUGUAGUGAUCAAUUCUCCCUUUGUUAGAAGCUUUGCUUUAAAAUAGCAAACUGAUGUGACUGAUACAUAUAAAACUAUCAGCUGUUCUUUAUUAUUUGUCACUUUAUUGUAAACUAUUUGUCCCUCUCAGGGUUCUGUCAGAGCGGUGAAAUUUUCCAGGGAUCUGAGUGGUCAGUGAUCUGAGUGUCUUGAUGUGAUCUACUGAAAUUAACCUGCUGGGUAGCACAGAGAUGAUGUGCUCAGAUUAUAGGUGCCAGAAAACCCAGGAUAGCUGGACCACCUGCUAAUCUCAGUUUGUGGUACUGGCCCCAGAUGGCUGAGGAAAAGCUAUGUUUAUUUUGUUUGUGAAGAAAUUUGUAUAGAUUAUCAGUGUACAGAUUUUUUUUUGUUGCAUAGUAGAAAUAUCUGUAAUAAGUUGUACAUAAAAGCAGACCUUUCCAAACAUCUGUUUAUUUUACCUUUCCACUUUAUAUAUCAGGUACUGUAUGCACUGCAUGCAGAACACACUAAUUUCUCAUACCAUUGACAGGAGUUGCAUUAAAUUCCCUUGUACAGUUGUGCAAUGACAAUGAAGGGAUCUUAUAAUAAUACUUGCUAAUAAUUAAAGUGUCAAGCCUCUUCCACCAAACUGCACCUAGCAUAAACAUGCUUUGCUACAUCUGUACCUGCACUAACACUUAUGUCCCACUGUCCUGAAGUACACACCACUGCAAGAAGGCAAAACAUUACAAGUAACAAGCAAAAAUGCAAAGCAGAGUAAAUCGUAUUACUCCAGUAAUUGCUAAAUUAUAAGCCUGACACUAUUUUGGCUAAAAGAUGUGAUGAACGUUUGCAAAUAAUAUUCCUUUUUGAUUAGAACAUACAUACUGCAUCCAAAGAUUACCUGAAUAAAGCAACUAUAAUAUCAACACAUGCAU